CAAAGCUAACAAAAAGACUCGCGGGCUUUUCAUGCGACCGCGACAGCACCGCCCUCACGGCGGCGGAGGCGCCGGCGCCUCCUCCGCCGGAGCACCAUACUCUCAGCCCAGCUACUUUCCUCAAAACCCCAACCUUCAAUACCAAUCCAAUCCCCAAUUCUAUCAACAACAAAGCACUCCCCAGUUCUACUUCCAAAACCCUAAUCUCCAAAACCCCUUAAUCCAGAACCUUCUCAAUAUUCUCCCUCAAAACCCUAAUUUCCAAAGUCCCUACAUUCAAUCCCAGGCUGCUCCUCCUCAUCGUCCGCCUCAGCCGCAAAAUGCCUCCCUAAACCCUAAGGUGACGAUGGAGAGGGUCGAGAGCGCGGCUGCGAAGGCUCAGAGGGAUCUCGCCACCGCUGGUGAGAAUGUCACGGCCUGGAAAGUCUCGCAGGCCACUCUGGUUUCGUUGCAGGUGGAUUCUUGGAGCGCGGUAGGGUUUCAGCUCCAGGAAGUUCCGACUCUUCGCCGAUUGCUGGCUACUGAAGGAAAGAUAAAUGCAUUUAUACACUGCUUUGUCGGUGCGCAAAGAAUUGCAACUGUAUAUGACUUGGAGGUGGCAAUAUGCAAGAAUGAGGGUAUUGAACGGUUUGAAGAGCUUGGCAUGGGUCCUCUAUCUCGCCACCCUCUUGUGCAACAUUACUUCUUUGUUGGUUCAGAUUCUGUUGAUAUUUUCAAAAUAUCAGCUGAGGACGUUAUAGUUUCCUUGCAUAGCUUCAUGAAGCACUGCAAUAGGCAAACAGUCUCAGCAGAGGAGUUGUUAGACUUUCUUGCAGAACAGAAGUCACUUCCACAUAAACAAAAGCUUGGUGUGCGGAUUCAGACCUUGGGGUUGCAUGUAGCGUACAUCCGGCUAGCCGAGAAAUCAGAAAAGACUAUUCUCAGUAAAUCCCUGGAGGGUAGCAAACAUAAGUUGAAAGAAAGGGACUCUACAGAAUUUCCAUCUAGUGCACAGAUGCAUUUAGAAAAGAAGAUACUUAAUGAGCGUUUUGAUUCUAUUUCUAACCGUGUUAAGAUGUUUUCCUCUUCGUCCAAUGCUUCUGGUGGUAAGCACGUCCAUUUUUAUUAUUCUUCUGACGACGAGUGUGAAGAUUAUGAAGACAAUGAUAACAGUGACAAUGUAAAUUCUGGUUCACAUCAGAUUUCAUCUCAUGAUAAUGGCAGUAGCCAAAAUUGUCCAUAUCCAUCAGCAGCUGAAGAGAUGAAAAGGCUUGGGCUGAAAUCCAAAACAGGCGAAAAACCCCUAAAGGACAAACUAAUGGAUGUUUGGUGCAGGUCUUCCAGAAAAGGACAGACUAAAGGACAAACUAAGAAGCAGAAACGGAAGCGUCGAGAGAAACAUGAUAAUACUAUGAACAAAUUUAUGAGAAAGGAAGAAAUGAUCGACUUCAAAAAGCAAUCGAAUAGCAUUAUUAUUUUUGAUGGUAACAUAGAGGAUUUCUUAACAACAUGGAAAGAAGCUUGUCGAGAACAUUCUACUGCUGAGGUCCUUGAUAUGAUGAUUAACUUCUAUAUGACAUCAAGCACAGAAAGAAGGAAGAAAAAGCUUCAUAGGGUAUUCUCAAUGUUGCCUGCUGCUGGAUUGCUAAAUGUUGCUGUAACAUGCAUUAAACGUGGAUUGUUGGACAGCAUAUACGACACCAUUCAAAUCUUUGGUGAUCAUGAUUCUGCCCCUUCGGCUGAAAUUGUAGAGAUCAACCCUUCAAUACAAAAAAGUUCAGCAUCAAAUAAUUCCAAGGACAUCGAUGAACUUGGUUACAGAGUUACUGCUGAUGAUAUCAUUAAGAAUGUCGCAGAGUUUUUUAGACUUGAUGUCACAAUGCCUGGUAAAAGAGAAUUAUCUUUUGGGAAAAUAUUUGCAACCUUGAAAAAGCUGUGUGAUUGCGAAACAUGGUUGGCAACUCAAUACUCUGUCAAGGAAUUCAGUUCUCUUGGCUAUGGAAAUUUCUUUAGCUUUCUGGAACAUCAUGCUUCUCGGCUUCCAACUGAACUGCAUAACUUCCUUAAUGGAAAAUCUCUUGAGCCAUCUCGUGUGGAUGCAUCAAUGCUUCAACAUCAGCUUGGGAUUUUGCUAUCUCAAGCUGAGAGUAAUCUGGUUGACACAGGGAAUAUAUCUAAUUCUGACAUCUCUCUGGUUCUCAAUAAACAAUUCCCAACUGUCAGUUUCCACAUACCGGGUGAUGAACCUGAGAAAUGCUUUUUGGACCUUAUUAAGAGGCAGAAAGAUUACAAUAAUUCUACCUGUGUCCUAUACUCCAUAUCAUUAUUGGGGAAACACUCGAUUGGGAACUUGUCGCAUUUCCAGGAAAACCUUCCAUUUAGAGGUAAUUGGACAGAGGUUGAAACAGGCCAGCAUAUUUCUUUUCACGGUAAUGCCUCCUCUAAAGAUGCUAUUGACUGCUUACUCAAGGUACCGAUGUUAUCUGAUUUGAUAUCUUGGUCACACUGGGAUGUCCUAUAUGCUCCCUCACUUGGGCCUCUCUCUGAUUGGUUGUUAAAUGAAGUUGAUGCUAAAGAAUUAUUGUGUAUUGCCACAGUGGAUGGAAAAUUUAUUAGAAUUGAUCAAUCGGCUACUGUUGAUGAUUUUUUGGAGGCUAUGAUUCAAAAGUCACCAUUCCAAGUAGCUCUGAAAUUGUUGUCUAUAUUGUCUUUAUAUGGAGGAGUGCACAAUUCUCCUGUAACUCUUCUCAAGUGCUAUGUACAACGAGCAGUUGAUGUCAUAAUGACAAACUCUACUAAUUCAAUGGAACCAAGGAUAAAUGGGGAAGCUUUGAUGCAUAAAAACACAUUGAAAGAGCAAGACACUCGUGAUAAGGUCUCAGCUAUUGGUAUUCAAUCCAUUGGUUCUAAAAAAGCAAAUAAAUCCGAAAACAUUUGCAGUACACUAUCUGAGAAUUUAUGCGGAAUUAAUAACGCUGUUGUUAAUGUUUCUAGAUUUUUCCUUGAGUGCUUUGGCUAUUUGCCUUCAGAAUUCAGGAAUUUUGGAGCCGAUGUCUUGGUCUCAGGGCUUCUGUCUGUUGCUAAAGAUGCACAUUCAGUCAUUUUGCGUGAAUGCAGUCAAACCAGUCAGCGUCUCAUGCUUCAUGAAAUUGGAUUAUCACUUGGAAUAGCAGAAUGGAUUGAUGAUUUCCACAACUUUAGUUCAACAGUUGCUGCCGAUUUGUUUAUCUCCUCAACAACCUUAAGUAGAACUUCAUGCUCAGGGUCAGGUGGAACCUCGAUUCAUGCAAGUGACAAGUGUGAAAAACCUGUAUCUGACAGUUAUAACAUCUCUGACAUUGUGGCUGAUGCUUCACAGGAACAUGUGAACGAGUUGGUUACAGGAGAGAAUGUUGGAGAAAUUGAUCAUACUUUGACGAAUGGUCAUGGGAAAAGCCAAGCUUCUAAUGGUGCAGUAAAUAAGAAUUAUGGUGUUGCUGAAAAUAGCGUAAUCCAAGAUGCAACUUCUAUAAUUGAAUCUAUUCGAAGUGAAGAAUUUGGUCUGGACCCUAAUCUCAAUUAUUCUGACAGCUGCAUGCUAAAGAAGCAGCAUGCUCGCCUUGGAAGAGCAUUACAUUGUCUUUCUCAAGAACUAUAUUCACAGGAUUCACAUCUUCUGCUGGAGCUUGUACAAAAUGCAGAUGACAAUAAUUAUCCUGAAGAUGGGGAUCCCAUGCUAGUAUUCAUUCUUCAGGAGUCUGGUAUUGUUGUUUUAAACAAUGAAAAGGGGUUCUCUGCUGAGAACAUAAGAGCCCUUUGUGAUAUCGGGAAUUCAACGAAGAAAGGAUCAAGAGCAGGUUAUAUUGGACAUAAAGGCAUCGGGUUCAAAUCGGUAUUUCGGGUUACAGAUGCCCCGGAGAUCCAUUCAAAUGGUUUUCAUGUGAAAUUUGACAUAACCGAUGGUCAGAUUGGUUUUGUUUUGCCUACUGUAAUUCCACCUUGUAAUGUUGACAUGUUCAGGCAACUAGUAUUGGGUGAAAGUCAUUCGACUGCUGAUACCGAGUGGAACACUUGUAUUGUGCUUCCUUUCAGGUCUACAAUUAAGGUGACAGGGGUAGCCUCCAUAAUGUCCAUGUUUUCAGAUCUUCAUCCAUCCUUGUUACUAUUUCUACAUCGGCUUAGGUGUAUUAAAUUUAUGAACAUGCUCAAUAAGACGCUUGUUGAUAUGAGAAGGGAGAUCCUUGGUAAUGGCAUUAUAAAGGUUUCUCAUGGUCAGGACACAAUGACUUGGCUAGUAAUCAGUAGAAAGUUGUCAGCUAAUCUCAUUCGUUCUGAUGUACAAAGUACAGAGAUAGCUGUUGCUUUCACACUAGAGGAUUGUGAGAGCGGUGAAUACAAGCCUCAUCUGAGCCAGCAGCCUGUUUUUGCUUUUCUUCCACUAAGAAAUUAUGGGCUGAAAUUCAUUCUUCAAGGAGAUUUUGUUUUACCUUCUUCGAGAGAAGAAGUAGACGGAAAUAGUGCUUGGAACCAGUGGUUAUUAACAGAAUUUCCUGCAUUGUUUGUUACUGCAGAGCAAUCCUUCUGUUCUCUUCCUUGUUUUCAGCAAUAUCCAGGAAAAGCUGUGACCACUUUUAUGAGUUUUGUUCCUGUGGGAGGGGAAGUACAUGGAUUCUUUUCCCCUCUUCCUCAGAUGAUAAUUUCUAAAUUGCGUAUGUCAAAUUGCUUACUUUUGGAUGGUCCUGACAUGAGUUGGGUUUUGCCGUGUAGAGUUCUCAGAGGUUGGGAUGAGCAGGUUCGCAAGCUUGUAUCUGAUAGCUUGCUUCAAAAACAUCUUGGUCUUGGAUAUUUGAGCAAGGAUAUUGAAUUGUCUGAUGCAUUAGCAAAGGCACUUGGUGUUCAGGACUAUGGACCCAAAAUCCUAAUUGACAUUAUUUCUUCUCUAUGUUGCUCAAAAGACGGUAUUAUGUCUUUGGGCCUUAAAUGGCUUUCAGCAUGGCUUGGUGUUCUUCAUUUGACACUAUCUACUUUUUCUUCUGGAUAUCAUUCCUUAAAUUCUCGAUUACAACAUGACAUGAUUAAUUCCCUUAGAAAAGUUCCAUUUGUUCCACUUUCAGAUGGCUCAUACAGUUCUGUGGCCGAUGGUCCGAUAUGGUUACCUUGUGAUGGUUCUAGUGUUGGUAUGGAAGAUAAAUACAGUGCCACAGAAUUUCACAAUCUAUUUGCCAAACUUCGUACUGUCAACCCUCUCCUUCUCUCAGCAGCCAACAACACGUACGAAGAGGCCAAAAACGAUAAUCUUGUGCACAUGUUAUGCAAGAUUGGUGUCCAACAGAUGUCAGCACAUGAAGUCAUAAAAAGUCACAUUUUAGUAGCCUUGUCUAGUGAUAAGUACAUGGGUGAAGAUAGACAUUUGAUGAUUGAAUAUUUAUCAUUCAUAUUGCUUCAUUUUCAAUAUGAUUGUGCAAGAUGUUCCUCUGAAAAGAAAGACAUAAUAUCAGAAUUACAGAAAAGACCUGUAGUACUGACAAACUAUGGUUAUAAAUGUCCAGUCGAUGAGCCAGUUCACUUUGGUAAGGAAUACAAGAAUCCCGUUGAUAUAGAUUUUUUUACUUGUAAUAUGGACAACAAAUGGCUAGAAGUUGAUGUUGCUUAUUUAAAGCAUCCCACUACUCAGUCAUUAUCAUUUGGGGAGAAGAAAUGGAGAUCUUUUUUGCAGGAAUUAGGAGUCACCGAUUUUGUGCAGGUCAGUUGCAUCAAAAGGAAUUUAUCAGAUAUUCCAUAUAUUAUCUCCGGUGUUAUGAUGCCUGAUGAAGACCUUACUAUUGCGGCAUCAUCGGUCAAUGAUUGGGAGUCGCCGGAGUUGCUUUAUUUCCUGUCUAAUUUUUCCUCAAGAAGAUGUCGAGAAAAGUGUAUUUACCUUUUGGAAGUUCUUGAUAAAAUGUGGGAUGAUACUUAUAAUGCAUAUUCAAAAAGUUUCCUUGUUUCCAAAACCAAUGAGGGUAAGAGAACCAUCGAAUCUUCUUUCAUGAGAAGUCUCCGUGAGUUUGAAUGGGUAGCAUCUAGCACGGACAAGAAGCUUCACCGCCCUCAUGAUCUUUUCUAUGACUGUAAUGAAGUACGCUCUAUUUUAGGAAAUCUGGCCCCAUAUGCUGUUCCACAGGUAACAAGCAAAUUGCUUCUGAAGGAUAUUGGGCUCAAGACUGAAGUAUCAGUAGAUGAUGCUCUGAGAGUUCUUCAUUCCUGGAAAACGUCUAAAGCUCCUUGUACGGCGAGUAUUCUUCAAAUGUCAAAGUUUUAUGGUUUCAUCUGUGAUGGACUCAUUAAAUCAAAUGUAAAGAUUGACGAAGAAUUCACAUCAAGUUCUUUCAUAUUUGUUCCAUUCCUCAGUACCUCUAGACACAACGACGCAUUGUCUGGUAUAUUUUUGUCACCUAAAGAAUUGUAUUGGUAUGAUCCAACUGGUUGUGUGGACAAGGCUAAGGAAUUGCUAGCUUUUUGCUCGUCAACUAAGGACAACGAGUCUGUUCCCUGCAAGGCAUUGGCUACUAUCUACCCAUGCCUUUAUGACUUUUUUGUAAAUGUAUGUGGGGUGCCGAAAACCCCUCCAUCCGGUAAUUACCUUCAGAUACUAUUACAGUUAUCAUCCGCUGCACGACCUUCUCAGGCAGCUCAUGUGGUUUUUCAGGUGUUUGUGAAAUGGGCCAAUGAUCUAAAUUCAGGGUUGAUUAAGUCAAGAGAAAUUCUUGACUUGAAAGAGAAUCUUCUGAAAGUGGAAAAUACAGUGCUUCCAACGUUGCAGGAUAAGUGGGUGUCUCUCCAUCCUUCGUUUGGUCUUAUAUGCUGGCCUGAUGAUGAUGAAUUGAAGCACCAAUUUAAGCAUUAUGAUGGUAUUGACUUCUUACACUUUGGUGAACUCAGUAAAGAAGACGAGGAAAAGCUGUGUGGAAGAAUUGCAGCACUAAUGCGUGAUUUAGGUGUUCCUGCUCUUUCAGAGGUUGUUUCCCGUGAAGCAGUAUUCUAUGGUACACAUGACAACAGAGACAAAGCUUCUCUGAUAAAAUGGAUUCUUCCAUAUGCUCAACGUUAUAUUUAUAAGCUCUACCCAGACUUGUAUCUCAGCCUGAAGCAGCUUGGAUUUGAGAAGCUUAGCCAGCUACAAGUAAUUGUAGCUGACAAGUUAUUUUAUAAAAACUGUAUUAAAAGACGAGGGAGGACUUCGAAGAAACGAUUUGAAUGUUGCUGCCUUCUGCAGGGAAGCACUUUGUACACAACCCUUACAGCAGAUUCUCAUUCCAUAUUCUUGGAGCUCUCGCGCUUUUUCUUCGACGGGUCCACUGAAUUACAUUUUGCUAAUUUCCUUCACAUGGUCACAACGAUGGCUGAAUCAGGGUCAACCAGUGAGCAAACAGAAUUCUUUAUACUAAAUAGUCAAAAGGUUCCUAUGCUACCCACUGAAGAACCUGAAUGGUGCUUUUCAUCAUUACUGGAACUUCCAAAGGCUGAAGACCCACAGCCAGCCCUUGCUUCCAUGGAUGUUGAUCAUAACACUUCAACAGCUGAGAAAAAACCGGGCAGCAAUUCAAAUUGGCCACCUACAGGUUGGAAAAAUGCCCCAGAUAUGAGUUAUGCUCAAGCAAAUUAUCACCUCACAAAACCAUGUGGACCCCCAUCCCUCCACAAAGAUAAAGUAUCCAACAAAGCUCUUGAUGCUAUUCCUCUCACAGAGGAUGUCCCACUACCAGAUGAGAUCAACGGAGAAUGGAUUAUAGAGGAGAGCAAUACUGCACAGACCGCGAUAGGAUUUCAAGAUUCCGGAUGGAUGAAUAACCAGUUUAAUUUGUUCAGUUCUGAACCAAACAAUGAAUUGAGUGACCCAUUAUUGGUCUCUGCCCCAGAAAGGGUGAGGCUUUGUUAUCAAACUAAUGGUGAGAGUCAAUUAUGGAAGACUGGAAGGUCAGGAGAGGUAGUUGCAUAUAAAUACUUUGUCAAUAAACUUGGUUCUGGAAAUGUGAGAUGGUUUAAUGAAGGAGCUGAGACUGGAUUACCAUAUGAUAUGAUUAUUGGAGUGGAAGGAAGCAGUAGGGAGUUUGUUGAGGUGAAGACCACGAGAUAUGCGAGCAAAGAUUGGUUCGAGAUAUCAGCAAGGGAGUGGCAGUUUGCAGUUGAAAGAGGUGAUUCUUACAAUAUUGCCCAUGUUGUGCUGGGAGCAAAGAAAGCAACAGUUACUGUGCUUAAGAAUCCGUUGAGACUUUGCCAACAAAAUGCAUUGCAUCUAGCUCUGUUGAUGUCAAGGCAAGCGAAAGAUUCGACCGUUGUUACUUAGAACAUGGGAUUCAUUUGAACUGCUGCUUAGUUAAUAAGCUGAUGAAAAUUUCAAACUUGGCUCAGUUGGUCCUUUGAUGACCCGAGUUAUUUUGAUUAUUCCAUGAGUGCUGCCGGUGGCGUUUCUUGCUGUAUUUGAUGAAAGAAAGGCUUCCUAAUUGCAUGAGAGUAAAACCCACAAGUUUUUCAUCUUUCUUUAUAUUAAGGGGUGAUGAAUGUAGAUUUAGCCAUUGUUUAGGUAUAGAUGGUGAGUGUUCAUACUACUCACCAUGAGUGUUGUAUUUAUUUUAAUUUUGGAUUUAUAUAGAAAAAUUGUAAAUAAAAACUUCUGAUGUGCAGAACUCAGCGGAUGUUUUGUCAUGUUAAUUUUCCAUCACAUGUGAAAGAUCCUGCUGGACUUGCUCUGCGACUCUUUCUACUGACGGAGGUUAAAACAUUUAUUUAUUAAUCUUCACCCGGUUCAUGUUGCA